AUGUCCACCACGAACGGCACCACCACACACGCCCACGCCGACCCCGACGGCCACUUCCGCCGCAAACCCUCCUCCUUCCGCGACACCAUCUCCCGCUCCCCCGACGCCAAGUAUCCCGCCGAGAAGGGGCGUUAUCUGCUGUAUAUGAACUUUGGCUGUCCGUGGGCGCAUCGGGCCACGGUGGUGAGGCAGUUGAAGGGGCUGGAGGGGGUGGUGGAGAUGGUGGCGACGGAUUUUGAUUUGACUCAAGACGGCUGGCUCUUCACAGGCAAAAACGGCAGCGCGGAGCAGGAUCCUGUUUUCGGCGCGAAGGGGUUGAGGGAGGUUUAUCUUAAGGUGCAGCCGGAUUAUGAGGGGCGAUACACAGUCCCCUGCCUCUUCGACAAGAAAACGCAAACAAUCGUGAACAACGAGAGCAGCGAGAUUAUCCGCAUGUUCUACGAGGAGUUUGAUGAGUUGAUCCCGGAGGAGUUCAGGGAAAGGAAUAAAGAGGGAGGAGGGUUUUUCCCGGAGGCGUUGAGGGGGGAGAUUGAGGGGAUGAAUGAGUGGGUUUAUGAUACUGUGAACAAUGGCGUCUACAAAUGCGGCUUCGCCACCACCCAAGAAGCCUACGACGCCAACAUCUACCCCCUCUUCGCCUCCCUCGACAGAUUAGAAGCCCACCUCUCGCACCCAAACCACCAACCUUUCCUCUUCGGAAAACACAUCACCGAAGCAGACAUCCGUCUCUACACAACCCUCAUCCGCUUCGACGCCGCCUACCACACCAUCUUCCAAUGCAACCUCAAAUCCCUCCGCCACGACUACCCGCGCCUGCACCUCUGGCUGCGGCGGCUGUACUGGGAUGACACGGCGCUGACGAGGGGGGCGUUCAGGGAUACGACGGAUUUUUACGCGUAUCGGUAUGGGUAUGCGAAGGCGCGGGGGAGGAUGUUGGCGAAGGGGCACGAGGGGGUGGUGGUUGUUCCGGCGGGGCCGGUGGUGGGGAUUGAGGCGUUGGGGGAGGGGGAGGGGUUGGCGUAA